UAUAUUUGUGAAUUGUGAUUGGGAGCAGUAGAUAGAAUAGAAGCCCAUAGCGGCAGCUACCAAAAACCUACCUAUACAAAACUCUCUCUCUUCUUCACUCUGAAUGAGAUAGAUAGACACAAAGAGUGAAGCCUUAGCUCACAACCAUGGCUCAGGAUUGGUCUUCUUCACCACUUUCCUCGGUUUUCUCCAUUCCCUUCUCUCACACCCUACAAUGAACCAAAAUUCCAACCUCUUCUUCUCAGAAGAAGAUGGUACCACCACCAUUUGCCCUUGAUGCUCUUUAUUGCUCGGAGGAGCACUGGGAGGACGACGACGACGACGAAGAACAAGAAACGGGUUUUCGUUUUGAUAAGCAAUCUUACUCUAAUUUAACAACCGAAACAAGUUCUCCGGUUCCGGCUGUGGUGGCAGAGCAUGACCUGUUUUGGGAAAACGAUGAACUGAUUUCUCUGUUUUCAAGAGAGAAGCCUAAUGAACUUUUUAAAACCAUUCACAUUGACCCUUCUCUUGCUGCCGCCCGACGAACCGCCGUCGAGUGGAUGCUGAAGGUUAAUGCCCAUUACUCCUUCUCUGCUCUCACUGCGGUUCUCGCCGUCGAUUACUUUGACCGGUUUCUGUCAUGUUUUCAUUUCCAAAGAGAUAAGCCAUGGAUGUCUCAACUUGCAGCUGUUGCUUGUAUCUCUCUUGCUGCCAAAGUGGAGGAGACUCACGUCCCUCUUUUAUUGGACCUACAAGUGGAAGAUAGUAGAUAUCUGUUUGAAGCCAAGACCAUUAAGAAAAUGGAGCUUCUUGUGCUCUCUACGCUUCAGUGGCGGAUGAAUCCUGUUACCCCAUUUUCUUUUGUGGAUUAUAUCACAAGAAGGCUUGGAUUCAAGGACCAUAUGUGCUGGGAAAUUCUUUGGCAGUGUGAACGAACUAUUCUCUCUGUUAUUUUAGAGUCAGAUUUCAUGUCCUUUCUUCCUUCUGCAAUGGCCACCGCUACAAUGCUGCACGUUUUCAAAGCUAUGGAAGAACCUCAUUUCAGCGUUGAUUACGAUUCCCAGCUUCUUGACAUCCUCGGAAUCGACAAGGUCUGUAUUUACCAUUCUGAUUACAACCCAAAUCGCCAAAUCCAACAAAUCGACGGUUUGAACAAAAUUAUAAUCAAGUCUUUGAAAUUUUCGUUUUUGUUUCCAAAACAGGGUAAUGUGGAAGAAUGCUAUAAACUGAUCUCAAAUGCAUCUAGAAGGAACGGAAACCAGUUCAAGAAACGUAAAUUCGGGUCGUUAAUUCCGGGGAGCCCGAACGGCGUGAUGGACGUAACAUUCAGCUCCGAUAGCUCGAACGACUCGUGGUCAGUGGCUUCGUCGGUUUCAUCUUCGCCGGAGCCAUUAACGAAGAAGAACAGAGUAGAUGGAUCAGUGUCUGGAGAUUGUCAAACAUUCCGAACGCUCUCUUAAUUAACUUCCCUUUUCUUUCUUUUUUUUCCGUCGUAAUCCUUGUACGUUGAAUAAGAAUUAGAAUCAAUCUUUUUUCAAUGAAAUUAUGCAAGUUAAAUUGCCUUACCAUCUCUGCAGUUGAGGGAAGUUUAGAAAGCAGAGAUGACUGGCAUUUUAUCCGGAUGCAAAGGUCAUGAGAACGAAACUAUUAACAAUAUGAAGAGCAGUUUAAGUUGUUUAAUCAUCAUAAUCAUCUGUUUUUAUUUACA